CCGGGGCAGCCCGGCCGGCCGGCCGGCUGGCCGGCCAUUCAACGACAGAUGACCUCAUGCUAGGAAGGAGGAGGAGUCUAUCAUCGGCAGAGUCUACCUUGGUGCUGGAACAAGUGGGAACAGACUUUUUCUGUGUGUGUGGAGUUAUUCUCAACUACAGAGGGACGUUAGCUUUUCUUUUCCUUUUUUUAAUGAGGGAGAAUACUCACCUAAAAUUCAGCAGGUCUCAUCAGGGAAGAUUCCAGGAGUGUUGCUAUGUUCAAGGCGGUUCUAAAGAAGAACAGAGACGGCAAAGCAAGCAGGAAGGAUUCAGGAGAUGUUCACAAUGCCCAAAGACGAUUCUCACCUGAAGGAAACCUCCUGCCCGCAGGCCUCGGCAGCGGCCACCCAAAUGUUCCAGAUGAUGUUUUCAGACUAAGCCUGGCCAAGGGAGCGUCCAUGUCUCUACCCUCCUCGCCUCUUCUUCCACGACAUUCCUUCAUGUUGCCUUUACGGCCCAGUAAAAGAUCUCCAGGUCCGGUCAGGAAGCCCAAGUAUGUGGAGAGUCCUCGCGUACCUUCCGAUGCCAUUGUAUCAGCGCUAAGGAAAGUGGGCGAGAAUAAGGAAUCAACCCGCAAUGAGCGGCAAGCGGAGAAACCGCCAAGCUCCUCCUCCUCCCCCGCCACCCAAGAACUGAUGACAAGGCUGGGCUUCUUACUGGGAGAAGGCAUCCCGGGUUCGGCGCGCAUACCUAUGGACGACAAGAAUGAAAAGAAGUGCUCUGCAACCAACCACGGUAUCAGCCCCUGCUCCACGCUGACCAGCAGCACCGCCUCGCCCUGCACAGACAGCCCGUGUUCCACGCUCAACAGCACCACCAGCCGACCCCCGCUCUGCCGCGCCAGCCCGUGCGGGACCAUCACUAGCCCGAGCUCCACCCUCGAGAGUAAGGACAGCGGAAUCAUAGCCACCAUCACCAGUUCCUCGGAAAAUGACGACCGCAGCGGCUCCAGCCUGGAGUGGAGCAAGGACGGCAGCCUGAGAGGCAACGCUCGCCAUGGCCUGGCGCAGACCAUGCGGGCGGACACCUGCUCUCCUGUGGAGGAGGAAGACUCCAACGGCGCUUCGGCCACCCCGGCCGAUAGCGCCGCCAAGACGGACCAGCAGCAUGGCAACGCGGCGGCAGCGGCCGUAGGACCUCCGCCAGCGUCCUGCCAGGCGUCUGACGGACCAAAUCAAUACGCUCAACAAACCUCCUCUCUUCUGAUGAUGCCCAGGCCCAACUCCGUAGCAGCAACCAGCUCCACCAAACUGGAAGACCUGAGCUAUCUCGAUGAACAGCGCAACACACCGUUGCGGACGUCUAUUCGCCUUCCCUGGCACAAUACGGGAGGGAGGCCACCUCAGGACGCCAAAGGUCGUUUCUCCCCGUACAAACCGGCGGACAUCAUGCUCAAGCCUCUGUUGUUCGAAGUGCCCAGCAUCACCAUGGAUUCGGUGUUCGUGGGCCGAGAUUGGCUCUUCCAGAAACUGGAAGACGUCCUGAAGGACGGCGAGUCCGCGGAGAGCCACGGCGCUGUGAUUGUGGGAAGCGUGGGUUACGGGAAAACGGCCAUCAUCUCCCGGAUGGUGGCGCUGAGCUGCCAUGGCGGACGCAUGCGGCAGAUUGCGUCCAACAGUCCCGGCGCCUCUCCCAAAAGUGCUGUUGGGUCAAGCCCAGAACUUCCCCUCAGCCAGCCCCCACAGCCCACUCCCCCCUCGAGUGCGGCGAACACAUUGAGGACCAAUAGCUGUCCGGGAACGCCAGAAAUGCAGCGCCGCAGGGAGGAGGCUGUCAAACGGCUGGCUGCAAAGGUGGUGGCCUAUCAUUACUGCCAAGCAGACAACACAUACACCUGUUUGGUGCCGGAGUUCGUGCACAGCAUCGCCGCCCUGUUGUGCCGAGCGCACCAACUCAAUUCGUAUCGGGAACUCUUGCUGAAAGAGCCCCACCUCCAGAGCAUGCUGAGUCUGCGCUCCUGCGUCCAGGACCCCAUGGCGGCUUUCCGACGAGGCGUCCUUGAGCCUCUGACCAACCUUCGGAAAGAGCGGAAGAUUCCAGAGGAGAAUCUCAUCAUUUUGAUAGACGGACUGAACGAAGCCGAAUUCCAUAAACCCGAUUAUGGAGACACCAUCGCCUCCUUCAUUACAAAGAUCAUAACCAAGUUCCCUCCGUGGCUUAAACUGGUGGUCACUGUCCGUGUCAGCUUGCUGGAGAUCACGGGCCUCCUGCCUUUCGCCAAGAUCUCUCUGGACGACUUUUCGGACAAUAACGAGAUAGGCAACGACCUCAACGCAUACAUCCAGUACCGCGUCGGCGGCAGCAAGGACAUCAUGAACAACAUCAGCCUGAACGGCAAAGCCGACCCGCCGACGGUGGGAAAGCUGAGCGGCCACCUGGUUUCCCGCAGUCAGGGCUCCUACCUGUACCUCAAACUCACCCUGGAUCUGUUUGAGAGGGGCCACCUGGUGAUCAAGAGCUCCAGCUACAAGGUGGUGCCCGUCUCGCUGGCCGAGCUCUACCAGCUCCAGUGCAACAUGAAGUUCAUGAGCAACUCGGCCUUCGAGCGCUCGCUGCCCAUCCUCAACGUGGCGCUGGCCUCGCUGCACCCCAUGACGGACGAGCAGCUCUUCCACGCCAUCAACGCCGGCGACGUCCGAGGGGAGCUGCCCUGGGAGGACUUCCAGCAGCGCAUGGACCUGCUGUCGGGCUUCCUCAUCAGACGCCGCGACAAGACGCGAAUGUUUUGCCACCCGUCCUUCAGAGAGUGGCUCGUGUGGAGGGCGGAUGGCGAGAGCACCGACUUUCUCUGCGACCCGAGGACUGGCCACGCGCUCAUCGCAUUCAUGCUGUCCCGCCAAGAAGGGAAACUGAAUCGGCAGCAGACCAUGGAAUUGGGACACCACAUUCUCAAGGCGCACAUCUUCAAGGGGCUGAGCAAGAAAACAGGCAUGUCGUCCAGCGUGCUGCAGGCCUUGUGGAUCAGCUGCAGCGCCGACGGCCUCUCCCCAGCGUUGGCCUCUCUGAGAAACCUCUACACCCCCAACGUGAAGGUGAGCCGUCUGCUGAUGCUGGGAGGAGCCAACGUCAAUUACCGCACUGAGGUUCUGAACAACGCGCCAGUCAUCUGCGUCCAGUGCCACCUGGGUCAUCUGGAAAUCGCCUCCUUGCUGCUGGAGUUCGGCGCCAGCGUAGAGGUAGUGUCGGAAACCGGGAUGAACCCCCUCUGCUACUCGGCCGCUGCGGGGCACUUGAAUCUGGUCGUGAUGCUCUGCAAGCGGGGGGCCAGGGUCGAGCAUACAGAUAAGAGCGGCCAGUGCGCUCUCGUGCACGCCGCUCUCCGAGGGCAUCCCGAUAUCAUCCACUACCUGCUGGAGAUGGAAUGGAGCGCCGAGGGGCAGCAGCAGGACUGCGCUUUGAAGAGCCGAGCCCUGCAGCAAGCUUUGAUAGGAGCGGCCAGCAUGGGCCAUACUCAGGUUGUGAGCAGCUUGCUGGCAGUGAAUAAUGAGUAUGCCGUGCAAAUUGAUAGCCAUGACACUCUGUGGGGGGAGACAGCGUUGACGGCAGCCGCCGGCCGAGGCAAGAUGGAGGUAUGCGGCUUUCUGCUGGAGAGGGGGGUGACGGUGCAGCAGGUCAACCGGCGGGGGGUGUCUCCGCUAUUCUGCGCCGUCAGACAGGGCCACUGGCAGAUUGCCGAGCUGCUGUUGCAGCACGGUGCGGACAUUAACGUCAGCGACAAGCAGGGCAGGACAUUACUGAUGGUGGCGGCCUGUGAGGGUCACCUGAGCACCGUCGACUUUCUGCUCUCCAAAGGUGCGUCUCUCACUUCCAUGGACAAGGAGGGUCUUACGGGUCUCAGCUGGGCGUGUUUGAAAGGACACAAGAACGUCGUCCAGCUUUUAGUGGAGAAAGGCGCCGUGAUCGACCACACCGAUAAAAACGGACGAACUCCGCUGGACCUGGCCGCCUUCUUUGGAGAUGCAGAGAUCGUCCAGUAUUUGGUGGAAAGAGGGGCGGUGGUGGAGCAUGUGGAUUACAGUGGCAUGCGGCCUCUGGACCGAGCCAUCGGCUGUCGCAACACGUCGGUGGUGGUCACACUGCUGAAGAAAGGGGCCAAGCUAGGUCACAGAGCGUCUCCUUGCGAUCGAUCAGGCAAUGCCGCUUGGGCCAUGGCCACCUCGAAGCCUGAUAUCCUCAUCAUCCUGCUUCAGAAGCUCAUGGAGGAGGGGAACCUGCUUUACAAGAAAGGCAAGAUGAAGGAGGCGGCUCAGAGGUACCAGUACGCUUUGAGGAAGUUUCCCAGGGAAGGUUUCGGAGACGACCUGAAGGCCUUCAAAGAUCUGCGGGUCUCUCUCUACCUCAAUCUCUCGCGCUGUCGCAGAAAAACCAACGACUUUGGGAUGGCUGAGGAGUUUGCCACAAAAGCACUGGAGCUGAAACCAAAAUCCUACGAAGCCUUUUACGCCCGUGCGCGAGCGAAAAGGAGCAGCAGAUGUACAUUGUCUUGCAGACAAUUUGCGGCCGCCCUGGCCGACUUGCACAAUGCCGCCAAGCUGUGUCCCAACAACCGGGAGAUCCGCCGCCUGCUGGCUCGCGUGGAGGACGAGUGUAAGCAGAUGCAGCGGGCGCAGACCACCAAAGGCGGAACGGACAGAGGGGCCACCGCCGCCUCCUGCAGCGGUGCCGGCAACAUCGGCCAGGCGGCAGGGGGCCACGACUCGGACGGGGAACGUGAUGAUGCCCAGGAAGAGCCGCUGGAGUGGAGCCAAAGACGCUGCGCCGAGGAGGAGGAAGAUGAGGAAGACAAGCGCACGCGGUGCCGGUCGCUGGGGAACUACAGCAGUCAUCACCCGGGCAGGCUCCCUCCUCAACGCUACCCUCGGGACCAGCCCCCGGGUCUGCUUCUGCAACCCACCAAGCAGGCCCAAAUUGUCAAGACCAGCUCACAUGGAGCCAAAUCCCAGUUUGCUCCCUCCAGCCCCUUGCCAAGCCGACACAUGUCGGGCGUGCUGAAGCCCGGCCCGGGGAUCGACAUCGGACCGCUCGCGGCGCCCGCCGACGAGCCGCCGUACGGGAACCGCGUGACUCUGACGGUCAUGACCCACGCCGGCGAGGCGGCAUCCUUUCCCUCCAAAGCGGCCUCGACUCAUUUGGACGCCGAGCCCGCGGGAAACAUGCGCGUGUCCAGCUCCACCAGCAGCCUGGCGUCCAGCGGCAGCUUGUCAGACGGCGGCAAGGUGGGCCCGGACGUCAAGUCCAAACACGGCCAGCAAGGCGGCGAGUACAAACCCAGGCCCUUCAUGGGCGUCACCGACAAGACGGCGCGCUUCCUGCAGCAGAACCCGCAGCCGGCCACCCACACCUGGAUUAACCACUCAGUCGAGGAGGAGGAGGACGACGACGCUUUUGGCAAGGCAGCGAGCGCCGCUUACCGCGAGCAACACAGGCCGGUGUUACACAACGGCGGGCCGCUCACCAACCAGUACUCUGACAAGUUCAUCUGUUACAAGGACGCCAAGUCCCUGGCCAACGCCAGCCAAGCCCUGCACAUCACGUCCAUCAAGCCAAAGCGAUCGUUUAUCGAGUCCAACGUGUAGUCCCGGGAGAGUCUCCCCAAAUGUUCCUGCCCGCCACACCUUCUGUCACAAGAUGGACGCUUUGCACUGAUGGAGGGGGAACCAUACUCAAGUGGACAUUCCUGUGUUUCAACAAGCUUGCGCCUCAUAGUUUGUAUUGUUACACUACUCACUAAAAAGUUUGGGAUUUUGGAUGGAGCGUACGGGUGGUGGUAUGCAUGGUGAGCAAGGAAAGGACGAUAGGAGAUGACCUCCUUUGAAAUCGCCACAAAUCAAACGCCGAUUUUAAUGAUGAGCAUUUUGCAUCCAAACAUUUUGAGAAGAUCGAGAAGUUGGCCAUGACCUCACCAUUCCCGCUUGCUCACCGUUCGUACCAAAACCCGCCCACUCCAAUCCGGCAGUUCUUCAACUUGGACCCCCAAAGUUCAAAAUAUCUCCAACUUUCUGGUGGGCAACGUGUCGUUUUUUUCAUCCCGAAGGUCAUCCGUAUGCACAGUGUUGUUCCGAUUGCGUUUUAAUGUUCUCCAGAGAGACACGCACACGUUUGUGAAAUAUGUUUGUACAUGUUACGAAUCAGCAUUAACAAGAGUGGAAAGUCCUUUUGCUCUUUGCUUGUUGUUGCUGUCUAGAUUAAUUUAUUUACCAAUGGCUUCAAUGUAAGAGCAAUAUAUUUUAUCUGGUUAUUUUUGCACAGCCAGCAAGACAUUUAAAUGAAGUGCAUGCUUACAUUUGCGCUUGACGCCGCCAUACAUUAGUCCUUCCGGUUUCACGUGGAUGUUCAACCGUGCCAUGUUUUUUGUCAGUAUUGUGGUCGCAUAUUGUUAUGGAGUUGUGCUGCCAUGGCAACCAUGGGAGAGAAAUAAAGACCCCUCCCCAACCCCCCUGAGGGAUGACCAACACGUCUAUCCAGUGUGAUCAAAUAAGAAUUUUGAAAAGGUCGCGGCAUUGUCCAACUUUAAAAAAAAAAAAAAAAGUCUUCUUUUGAGAUUUCUUGUUGACUUUUCUCGAGGUCGUAUUUUUAAGGUCUGUGCUCCUCUGCUGUCACGCCGAUUGUCGCUGGCUCCGCUUCCAUCGACCGAUGGCCGCCUUCAGAGCUUUGGUUGAGGUGAUCUAUGUGGUCUGCAAGGUCAGAAUGGUCACGGGGCUGAUUCUCGUCUCUAAUCCAGCGCUCCGUGGAUUCACGCUCGCAGGAAUAAAAAGCCAUCGGAGGAGAGAACGUACCAUGAAGCCCGUGCAUACUCCCGCUUUGGAACCAAGUUGGGGUGAGUUGCGCAGCUUCAUUUUGACAAUUAUGUUGCUUGCUUUAUCAGUGCCUUGUUCAGUUUAAGUUUAUUUUAGACAAAAGUAGUGCUUUGCUGCCAUCUCAAAGGAACCAGUGAGCUAUUGCGCGUCAUUGAAACAAAAUUUGGGCCUUGGCAGCAUCUUGUUGGCAUCUUGGUGCCGAGGAACUAUGUUGAAGUAAGAUGAGGAGCUUCAUUUAGACAAGCUUUUGUGUUGAGGAACUAUGUCAAAGUGAUUUGUGACUGUCACCUGCUCGUUUCUUUCCUAAAGAUGCAAGCAUUGAUUUGAGAUGUGGUGGUCGUUUUUCCCCAAUGUAAUCGCACUUAAGCUAGGGGUUGUCAUGACGACCAACAACACGCAUCUCAAAUGACCUUGUAGCCACCAAUCGUUUUGUGGCCUGGCUUAAAAGGUGACGAUGGGAUUUUGUGGGCUCGUAAUGCCGGAACGGAUUUUUGCUGCACGCAAGGAGAUGGUGCUUGCGUGUGCGUGUUUGUGUUUGCGCCAGUGCUUAUGUGUGGGCGUCCAUUUCGGCAUGUUUGAAUGCGUCCAUGUCAUCGGAUAACCAGAGCAUUGAUAAAAGCGGCUUAUGCUUUCCAAUUUCAGCUUGUCAUUUCAGGAUCAAACAUUUUUUUAAAUCCUGCCAUCGCCACACGGCCGCACUCUCCUACUCUCCGAGUCCCAUCUCCACCGCCGUCGGGAUGGAUGCUUGCUUCCUGACAAAAACUCUUGGAGGUGAAACCCUAAAGCACACACACAUCAUUUCCUCAAUAUUAAAAGAGCACAGAUUGUAAGACGCCCCCACCAGGCGCACACGAGCUGCGCUGGCCCCAACGAUUACGUGUGGAGUCUUUAAGUCUACAAGUCUGAGUCAUGAACUCGGAGUGCCAGAAGUCAACCUCAGACUUUAUUUUUUUAAAUCACUUGAACAGACACAGAUGACGCAGGAAAGCUCACGUCACCGUCUCCAUGGGCGCUUCAAUCUUAGGCCACAAUAUUAGGCACACCUGUACUAUCGAGUUCCUCCAUCUAUUUACUGUCGCUCUCAUUCGGAUCACAUGAAAGCUGAGGCCAGGUGACUUUGGGUGCCAACCAAUUGCCAUUUUUGGUUUUGCCAUCACACCAAGCUAACAAUAACCAUUAAAGCAUUCUUGGAAAAUGUGAAGCUAACCAUUACGUUGCGGUAAUAUGAGCAUAAUAGAGUAUAAACAGUCGUCAUAAUGAGAGCGUAUUGACCUUGGCAUGCAGUCUUCUCCAGCUCAGCUCCUUCAGACAGAAAAGAUUGAGAAUACAUUUAUCAUGUGAAAAAAACGAACCACAAUGACAUGAACAAGUGGAAUAUUCUUUUGAGUCUGACUGAUGGCAAAUGGACAGUAAAGCCGCGUUAGGAUUCGCAAGCAUUUUCCGUCGUGCUAGCUUGGAAAAUAUGAUAUCAAGUUUGCAUUUCAGUAUGAGAGGCUUGAAGGGAAGAUGUGGGUUUUUUUCUUUCUUUUUUUUGUGUCCUACCUGUUGUGUUAUUUAAAAGCCUUCACAAGUAUUCCUGGCUCCUGUGGGUAUAUAAGACAUUGUUUAGUUGGAAAGACACACAGCAAGCAUCAACACAUUUAUAUGCGACUCGUCUCAUAAACCGCAAGUAAGCUGUUGAAGAACAAAACAAACAAACAAAAAGUUUGCAAACAUAAUGCAAUGGAGAAGGAACAAUUAGGAAUAAGACACAUUAUUGCCACCCAGGAUUUUGUAUUCAUCAACAUAUAUAUUCAGGGCCAUGAUGACGGACAAAAUAUUACGAAACAGCGCCCUCUUGUGGACGUAUGAGGGACUUUACCCUAACCCCCCCAAAAAAUGCACAAAUAAGUCCUUGUAAACAUUUUGUUUAAUUAGGAGGAACCGCUAAGGCUCAGAUUGUGCUAGAUGCAUGUUAAAAACAUUGCAGAGAAGCAUCAUAUGGAAGCACAGUCAUAACACAGCACUUUUCUACCAGCACUGAAUUCCAUUUUAUAGUCAAGUGGUGAAGAAAUAAACGGACUUCAAAUCAAGAGCACAAACAGGAUGGCUGGACGACUCUUUGAUGAUGGUACAAAAAUAACCAUCUGUUGGGUCAGGCGAAAGGAUAUCGUAACACUUUGACUCAGUUAGAAGUAGAAAAAUAAAGGGAAUGUUUCCGAACUUUUCGGACUCAACAUAAUACAAAUGGCUUUUAUCAUUCCCAUUCAUCACUGGUGUCAUUUUAUAAAGCGGUCACAACAACUUCUAUGCUGAAAUUAAAAGACACAUGUUUUUGACAGGUGGGGAAAAAAACUAGCUUAUUAAAGGCAGUAACAAAGGGUGUCAUAUUUCAUGGGCGGGGUACUGAGAG